GUGUUCUAGUUCACCCAUCGUUUCUAGGCCAACCAUAUUGUGUUAUCCCAGUUCACUCCCGACGGCCUUAGCUAUGGCUCUAUAUAUAGAGAGGAUAAUUGAUUAGAUUAGUUUCAGGCCCCUUAGACAUCACCAAGCACCAAACAAAAUAUUCUGAGGCGUCUGGCCAACUGUUUAAUAUAUGGGGAAGCAAAAGGUGGUGAUAAGGCUUUCCAUGGUAGAUGCAAAGAAGCGCUCCAAGGCCCUCAAAAUUGUGGUUGGAUUGGAUGGUGUAACAUCUGCAAGUGUAGAUGGUAACGAGAAGGACCAAAUUGUAGUCGUUGGUGAUGGGAUCGACUCAUUCGCGCUGGUAAGAAAGCUAAGGAAGCGAAUGAAAUAUGCAGAGUUGGUUAGCGUGGCACCGGAGGAUGAGAAGAAAGAGGAAGCCAAGCCCAAGGAUAUUGAGCUCAUAGGUUGGCCCCGCCCAAAUAUAUAUUACGACGUUCGUACUAUAAAUGAUGACCCUUGGUGUUGCAUCAUGUAGAAUUCUGGCCAUCUUAAUAUGCUGCACGUUUGGGUGUUUAGAUGGGAUGGUUGAUGAACAAUUUGGUUAGUCGUGGAAGAAAAUUUUCUUUCCUUUAGUUGAUUUAGGUUGAAAGGAGGCCAAGCGCAUGCGUUGGUGGUUUAGGUGGGGCUUGUAUUGUCAGAUGUAACUCGGAUAUACUACUAUAAAUAUAGUCUAUGGUGAUGAAAUUUUAGCAAC